GUGAGGAAAGCACAUUCAUUCUAGCUCUCCCCUCUUCAGAGGCAGCCGCAAGCUCUGUUUCCCUUGGACCACCAUGAGUUCUGGACCGCGAGGAGGCAGCAGAGAUGGUGCUGGCAAAGGCCUGGCUGGGACUGGAGCCACCUCUCACUCCUGGCAGCCCCCUCACAUCCUGGUGGUGGAGGCCCAUCCCUCUCACUGGGCCCACACCUGCCACAAGCUCUGUGAUGCCCUGGAAAACGUCUUCUCUCUGGCCUGCAGUCUGGCGGGGCCGCCCCGCAUCCCUCUGCUCAGCCUCUACGUGGUCCAGAGCCAGCAGGAGUGCCUUCUGCCCUUUGUGCCGGUGAGAGGGAGCUUCUCUCGGCUCCAGAGCUGCCUGGCAGAGCUGCGUGCCUUGCCCUCAGAGGGGGUCUUCCACCUCAAGGAGGACGCCAUAGUCCAGGCCGUGCAGGAUGGGCUCCAACAGUUCAAGCAGUACACGGGGCAAGGCAUGGUUGGGGCCUCCCUGAGCAGCUCUUCUCUGGAGAUGACCAUCCUGACUAGCCAGCCCAGCGCACAGGUGGCCAAGCAGCUGGAGGCUGGGCUGCAGGGCAUCGACCUGGCCAGCCUCCGCCAGCUGCAGGUGGUGAAGGUCUCCAGAAUGGGGCUGCAGGAGGCACCUGAGGAUGGAGAGGGAGGAGCCACCCCCAGCAGCAGCGGUGGGGAGAGUGCUGUGACCCUGGGCGCAGUCCUUGACCUCCAGACCGUGGAGAAUGAUGUGGUGGCCCUGGAGACUUUCUUCAAGGGCUGGUUCCAUGACCGCAGCACAGACCAGGAGCACCUCCAUCUCCUCCUGCCCGCUGGAGCACUCAGCCACCCUGCUGUGGCCCAGAGCUGCCCAGUGUGCAUGAAAUGUGAUGCCCAGGAGAGGCUCCUCAGCCCCACUCUGCUUACUGCCGCCUGCGGAGAUGGCCCCACCGCACAACGGGAGGAUGCCAGUGGCCCCUUCUGGAUGGCAGCUGGCCCAGGCCUGGUGCCACGCAAGCUCUGUGUCCUCAGGAGGCCCCCACCCAUCCAGUUCCUGUUUUGCCUUUUUAAAAUGCAGCAGAGCCAGGAGUUCAGCAGCCUCUUCCCUGCUCCACAUGGCCCAUCUGCAUGGGGGCCGAGUGCCCCACCAGAGCGGACAACAGAUUGGGCCCUGGGUGCUGCCUGGGAGCCGGAGGCAGGCUCUGCCCCCCUGACCAAGGCCCUGCACCCCAUCUCUUGCAGGGCCCUGGAGGCCAAAGGGCUGUGCACCUCACUGCUCUAUGGGCUGCCUCUGGUCAUCCGGCCCACAAGCUGCUGGCGGAUGAACUGGGAUGAACUGGAGGCUAACCAACAGCUCUUCCGGGCCCUCUGCCACUGUCUGUGGAAGCGAAACUGGCUGCUGUUGGCCAAAUAUGAGACCCCACUAGGGGGGCCCAGUCCUGGCUGGGGGCCCCCCUGGCCGAGCCCUCUACAGGUCCUCCUGCCCUCGGAAGGGGCCGCCUCGCUGCUGCUCUGCUCCCUCGUGGGCCGGGAGCUCCUCCUGCCCUGCAGCUUCCCUCUCCUGCCAGCAGAGCCUCCCCAGGCCACUCUCAGCCUAAUGGAGAACGUCCUGGACGGCCUCGACCUGGAGCCAGCCUACAGUCCCCUGAGUGGGAGGGCCCCCUUGUACCGAGCCCUGAGCAGCAGCCUGGCACGCCCACCAGCCUCCCGGCCUGAGCGCAGAACGGAUCGGCACCUGCCCCGUCAGCAGGGCAGCCGCCCCCACCUGGGCAAGGCCAGGGCCAUGGUGGCCCCCCUGCGCAUGGCACCUCCUGCCCCCCGCCCGCCCGCCUUCUCCCUGUUCUCCAGAGAGGAAGAAGAGUUCCUGGACGCUAUGUGACACCGCAGGGGCCACUCCCUUCGCCCCAUGGAGGCACCGCUGAGCCAGAGCUCCCACAAAAAGAGGAGCCCAACCCAGACAGGCACCCCAUGGCUG